UUGAGAGGUAUUAAGCUAGAUAGGGAAAGACACUAUAGUUUGGUUUUAUCAUGAUUUCGUGUUUAAAAAUCUAGAGUGGAAAUGAAACUGUGUUUCAUUGACUAUUACAUGCCUGGAAAUAUAUAUUCAACCUGUAGAACUCAAACCCUUCUGCCCUUUAUGUUAAAGACUAUAUCCCAAGAACAUACACUUAGUGGAAUGAAACAAAAAUUUGUGAUUUGAUAAGGUUAUAAGACAUGGAAAACAGGUGCAACCAAAGAUUUUGAGUAAGUGAUAAUCAAGUAAUCUGUUGUAUAAUUUUUGCAUGGGUGAGAGGUUUUGCAAAAUGGGUGUAGGUAAUCUGUUGAUGAGGAAAGUUGUAGUCUAAAAGGCUUCAACCUAGUAUUUUAGUGGCAUUUUUGAUUCAGCAAGAAUGGUUAAUCCGGUCUCAGUGGCGUGUCUAUGUUUUCUUUCUGCGCUACCGUUUAGAGCAGAGGUAAGGGGGCAAGGAUAUCUGAUUAGAAUUCCACUAUUUUGCAAUAAUUUGAUGAGACUUGUGUACUCUCCACCCAUAUCAGAUUGAACACUAUUGAUUUUUCUUUCAAAUUGAUUUUCUACUAGUGUCUUAAACUGAACAACGAUUUGUUUGACGUCUGAUUUACUUUUCAGGAGAUGAAGUCAUGUAUACCGGCUGAAAUCAUCUUGUGUUGUUGAGUUGUCAAACCUUCAUUUAUAUAUAGAGCUUUUACAAUAUGCUGAUGAUAAGAAUAAUCAAAGAGGAAAUGAUGAGUUAUGUAUGAUUUGCAAAUGACAGCCUAUGAAAACGAUUAUAUUCCUCUAGUUGGUUGUGUAAUGUUCUUGACUGUACUGGUAGCUGGAUUUGAUGCUCUUUCAAGAAUGACCACUUUAGUCCUUGAAGUUUAAUAGGGAGACUUGUGAGCUGCGAGUUAAUGAUGGAAUUGACCUUUCUGGACCGGAUAUUUUUUUUUUUGUUCAGAGAUAAUGAGUUGACUAGAUCUAGGGAGAUCAAUUUUGGGGUCAGAAGUUAUGAUGGGUUUUGGAUGGGGAGUCUUGUCUGGUAAUGGCAUUGUUUGUGUCUGGAGACUGCCAUGGAGGAUCUAUUAGGGAUUCGAGUUCCAUCUUUUUUUUUUUAAUUAUGCAAUUCCCUUUAUUUUAAUACUUAAUUUACAUAAUAAGUUGUACCAUGAUUUUAUUAAAAAACGACAGCAAGUAUUUCCUUUUCUUUUUAUUUUUAGAGUAACGUUUAAUUUAGUUCUGCUUUCUCACUGCCCCGACUCACAUUACCCCUUUUCCGGAACGGCCGGGGAGCCUCUACCCUCUCGCAUCAAACAGCGGCGACCUUACUUCCUUUCACUCUAUUAAGUCGAUUAUCCUUAUCCGGCACGCCCUUAAUCUGUUUGAUUCUCCAUUCAUCAUGCAUGGCACAACUGGUCUUUACUUUCUCACCAAUGGUUCUCCUUUUUUAAUGAUGGACUCUAGGCUGCAGCUGAAUGAACCUAGGCUUCUCUUUCCGUUUAAGAAGCAAAAACAAAAGAGAACCUCAAAUGGGUCCCAAGGACUUCCGAAAUGGGUGGCUUACUAUGGGUUGAAGGCACCUCCUUACAAGCUUGAUGCUUUAGAGCCAUAUAUGAGUCGAAGGACUCUGGAGAAGCACUGGGGGGAACAUCAUCGCAUUAAUGUGGAGGGUCUGAAUAAGCAGCUUCAGAAAAAUGAUGUACUAUAUGGCUAUACUAUGGAUGAACUUGUCAAAGCAACAUAUAACAAUGGGAAUCCCCUACCGGAAUUUAACAAUGCUGCUCAGGUCUGGAACCAUGAUUUCUUUUGGGAGUCCAUGCAGCCAGGUGGAGGGGAUCUGCCAAAACUUGGUGUGCUCCAGCAGAUAGAAAAAGAUUUUGGUUCCUUCACAAAUUUCAGAGAGAAGUUCAUCAACGCAGCUCUUACAUUAUUUGGCUCUGGGCUGGGUUUGGGCUUGUCUGUGAGUACCUUGUUAAGUUCAUAUGCAUGUGAGUCAAUGAAACUAGUUGUUUCCUUAUCGAAGCACGCCUACUAUUUGGAUUACAAGAAUGACAGAGGGAAGUAUGUGAACACGUUUAUGAACCACCUAGUGUCUUGGAGUGCAGCAAUGGAGCGCAUGGCACGUGCAGAGGCCUUUGUGAAUUUAGGCGAACCAAAGAUUCCCAUUGCUUGAUUUGGCGUAAAUGUAUCAGUGGCUACUCAAUUGACAGGAGGAAAGACCUGAGGACCUGAAAGUAGAGCGAGUAGCAGGGUUGUUUUGGUCCUCGACUCUGCUAGCUAAUUAUGUACUUAUGCUGCAUCCAUGCAUAGAAGUGUCAGUCUCAUUUCAGCAGCAUCUCAAAUGAGCUUGUAGAGCCUUCUAAGAAAAGGCUGGCGGCGGUAAGUUCGAAUUUACAACAUGCUGUAUUCUGAUUGCUGCAUGUACUGAUUCCAUGUACCCCUCCAAAUCAUGUUUUGGCUCUCUUCAAUGUCCCUGGAGGAAGAAAGAAACAAAAGAACGAAUAUUGAUAUUUUGGCUGUUCCAGUUUGUUGAUUGGUAUUGCAGUUAAAUAUCUUAUUUUGGUUCAUAAAGAGCUUUUUCUUGUUAGAUCUAAUGGGUUACACAAUGUGGAAAGUAUUAUUUUAGCAUU